AUGAGUUCCCGGAAACUGACGAUCGGCACGCGCGGCUCGAAACUGGCGUUCUGGCAAGCGGACUGGAUUGCAGGACAGCUUGAGCAGCAGGGCUGCGAGACAAGGAUCAGUGUGAUCCGGACAACUGGUGACAGGCUGACACAGGAGUCGCUCCGGCAACUGGGGGCGCAGGAAGGGAUCAAGGGCGUUUUUACAAAGGAGAUUGAGGAUGCAUUACUCGCCGGGAGCAUAGACCUGGCGGUGCACAGCCUGAAGGACCUUCCUGUCAGACUGGCCCCUGGACUGGCACUGGGUUGCAUCCCGCAGCGGGCAGACGCCCGCGAUGCCCUGCUGGGGAAAAAGCUGGGGCAACUCAAGGCUGGUGAUUGUGUUGGCACCAGUUCACAGCGCCGGGCAAUCCAGCUCAGGAGUCUCUUGCCCGGAGUUGUUGUCCAGGACUUGCGUGGCAAUAUCGAUACAAGAAUCCGCAAGCUGCACAAGGGGUUAUUCGAUGCGAUUGUCCUGGCGGCUGCAGGCUUGCAACGUUUACAACUGGAGCAUGAGAUUUCUGAAAUCCUGGAGCCUGAAGUGAUGGUGCCUGCGAUCGGCCAGGGGCACUGGUGUGUUAGUAACCCGGGCUGGUGUAGACGAGUCAGGCCAUACCUGGAUCAGCUACAUGACUCAAGGACUGCCGCUGAGGUUGGAGCUGAGCGAGCCCUGCUCCGCGCACUGGGUGGCGGCUGCCAGGUGCCGCUAGGGGGCCAUGCAACCAUGACCUGUGACAAACUGACGCUGGUUUCCGUGACGGUGUCAGGCAGUGGUGCCAUUCUCAGGUCACAGGCUACGGGUGCAUUGUCUGAAGCCGAGAAGCUUGGCGAGAGCGUUGCAGCAGACUUGGGCAGCUAG